CGCUUCCAGCCAAUCAGCGCGCGGAGAGCGGGGAGCGCCGCUGUUUGAAUACUGUGCGGAAACAGUCCGAUUCACAACCGAGCUGCGACCGAGCCGUAGCGCGAUGCAGUUAGCCAGCUACACAACCACUUAGAACCACUUAGAACCCGCGCGUCUGAGGAGAGGUGAGCAGUAACGUUAAAGUUGUGUGACUCAGCGAGGCGGGGUUGUUUGUUUUAUUCCGACUGACGCUCGUUAAUAAGCUAACGCGCACUGCUAACCCAGCUAGCAAACGGUAAUGUAAAGCCUAGCGUGUUCAUUUUAGCUAGCUAACUGCAUUGCAACCGAAGCAUGAAGGCAGCGAUUAAAUAGACGCUAUAACACAGUCUCACUUAGACCGAGUAACUUCUUCGUGGAGGUUUGUAGUUAAAACCUCCGCGUGUGUGUGUGACGCUUCUUGUGAUCCGCUCAGAUCCACGGGAGGAUGAGUUAGCGUCCGGGGGAAAGUGAUCAAGUUAAGAGAGGCUCGCUGGAUUAAGACGAGUGGACGGAAGUUCUGAUUUAGAAAACGCGAAGCCGAGGUGAACGAUGAAAGUCGUGGAGAGGAACGUGAUGCGCCUGUUGGCCGUGCAGCACCUCCGCACCGCGUACGGCGUCAAGACAAAGAACUGGAACAAAAACAAAGCGUCCAGCUGUAAGACCGCAGCCAGCAGCUCGACAAAGGUUUUCGGUGUAUCCCUGGAAAUCUUACCAUACUACAAUAUGGAAAGUGGGAGCGUGCCAAGCUUUCUGGUUGAUUCGUGUAUGAAUCUGCUGGCACAUGUCGACACAGAGGGUCUGUUCAGAAAAUCGGGCUCUGUCAUUCGCCUCAAAGCACUCAGGGCAAAACUGGAUGCGGGCGAGGAGUGCCUGUCCACCGCACUUCCCUGUGACGUCGCUGGUCUGGUCAAGCAAUUCUUCAGGGAGCUACCGGAGCCUUUGCUGCCCGCAGAGCUGCAGGAGGCCUUCCUCAAGGCCCAGCAGCUGCCCACCGAGGAGGACAGGACCUCUGCCACCAUGCUGCUGUCCUGUGUGCUGCCCGACCGAAACCUCUCUGUCCUGCGUCACUUUUUUGACUUCCUCCAUAAUGUGUCUCAGAGGAGUGCAGAGAAUAAGAUGGACAGCAGUAACUUGUCUGUAAUACUGGCCCCUAACCUCCUUCACGCUGGAGACGGUACAGAGAAGAUGAACGCCCACACUGAGAAGCGCCUCAGGCUCCAGGCAGCUGUAGUCCAGUGCUUCAUAGAGAACGCCCUCCGUUUUGGCGUGUUGCCUCAGUUCCUUCUGGCAAAGGUUCCAGCCACGAUGGGGUGUGAGGCGGCGGUGCUGUCCCCGACCUUUAAUGAACUCGAGGAGCUGGACUUGAACUCAGGGAUGAAAAGGAGACAGAGACGCAGCUUCGGAGUCUUUUCCUCUGCAACUCCUGUGAUUGCAACCCCAUCGUCCAAGCGGAAACUUCCCUCGGAAUCUGGCCACUCGUUUGGAUUCUCAAACAAGAAACGUAGAUCCGUCAAAAAGAGCCUGGGGAUAGAUUUACUUCCUAAUACACUGUUCAGCGGCCUCUCCACUCCUGGAUCAGCGUAUAGUGCCUCUGGGGUCUUGGACUCUUCCCAAAAUGCCCCUUCCCCAGCCGGGAGGUCCAGAAGACAUUCAGUGACCUCUGUGAGGAGGAAGAGUCGACGACUUAGCAACAGACAUGCUGUCAACAGAGUUGAAUCUGGACGUGCCGGCUGCUUUUCUCCUAAAGUCAACAAAAAAGAGGCACCACGCAAGUCUCUGCGUUUGCGUUUCAGCCUGGGCAGGAGCAGCAAAGAGGCUGGAUCUGAGUCCAUUGGCUGGCGCCUUGCCACACAGGAGAGCACCACCAGUUUCCUUUUCCCCAAAGAGACAGAGUUCAGUCCAUCAGUUCUGCCCAGAAGAAAAGAAUGCAAGAGCACCAAGUAUAUCAGUAAGUCUGAAGACAACCUGCUGACCCCCCAAUGCAACCCCCUCCAGACCUCAUGGAGUGUGGAGACCCCAGUAGGAGCCCAGGCCUUCAGCGGAAGGUCGUUCACAGAUACGCCCAUGAACCUAAAGAACACCUACGUGUCUGAGCCGGCCAUCGUGGUAUCCAAGCCCCCGGCCGUGAGCAGCCUUCCCAUGAAGCUGUGCUGUGCUUCCAGCGCCGAGAGCCUUGAUAGAGAGAGCUCCAUCACUGAAGCCCAGAGCCAAACCGGCCCCACCCUGCUGAAAAUCAAGAAGGCCUUCACAGAGUCGGGCAGUGACCUCCAGGCUGUCGUACGUGGCUCCUGCAGCUCUGCCGGAGCAAAUGUGACACAACCAUCAGACAGCGUCCCAGUCCGUCCACCAGAGACCCCUACAAAUAGAGUUCUGUCUGUGGACACCUUCACCUUCCCAUCCAAGCAGAAGUUCCUGGCUAAUGAUCAGAACAUUACCUUUGGCCAGAUUGAAAUAGCUGCUCUCUCUCCUCUGCAUAUUGACAGUGUAUUAUUUGAAUCUGGUGUAUACUGUAGUCCAGCACUGAAGGCUGAUAAAGGUGGAACUUAUGUCGCUCCUGUCAGUCCUAAUGGCUCCAUGGUGGGCGACAGUGAAAGUGAGGAAGAGCAGGUGAACUGCAGCAGGUUGAUCGACGCGCUGGACAUGCAGAGCCCCGCUCACUUCAAACUGGGUGUCACCUCCGGGCUGCAAUCCACUCCAUAUAAAAAGGGGUUUGAACUCCACCAUGAGCUUGGUACGCCUCCUAGAGUCGGUACAAAGGUCAGCACGGUACAAGAAAAAGAUGAAUUUUCCCCAGGGAUCGGUACCAAAGUCCAGAACCAGCCACCGCUCUCACCACACAGCCUGGAGACGGAGAAGCGGCGCGUGGCCGAACACAUUCUACACUUCAACAAGCUCACCCUUCAUUCUCCCAGAGGCCCCAAGGGCCAGCACAUCAGGUCGCCUCUCAAGUUCCAGCGCACCCCCGUGCGCCAGGCGGUCCGCAGGAUCAACUCCCUCCUGGGGGAGAGCAGGAGGCCCACCAGGAGCAGCCUGAGCGGCCCUGUGGUCAAGGCAGUGAGCUUGGAGAGUGGCCUCUCCCCUCACCCACAGCUUCGGCCUCACCGGGAUGAGCCCCCAGCGGGACAGUCCAACAGCAGGUGUCCCAUAAAGAAACCCCCUCCAGUGCCACCCAAAAAGCCAAGCACCCUGGCCCGUAAACCCAGACUGUGUGCGUUAGGCGAUGUGACCAACAAGGUCCAACCAAAGACCAGAGUGGACUCUUCUGUGGCGGAGUCGUCGGGAGCUCAGAAGCCUCUGGUGCUGCAGGUCGUAGAGAAGGAAAUGAACCAUUACAGAGGUUCACCGAGGAAUCCUCUGAACCAGGCACGACUGCUGUCUGCCACCAGGCCUGUAGAUUUAUAGCUCCUCUUUUUACCCUUUACUGUUUCCUCUUACUAUGCAGGUCUGUGGUAAAUCUACAUGACAUUGAACAUUCCUGCUUAUAAUAUCCAUAUGUUCAGGGUUUUAAUUUAUUUUCUAGCUACGGUAGGUGCAGUUUGUGUCAUUGGGAGAUGUUCUUAUGCCUUAUUUGUUUAGAAACUAAACAUCGACACAUAUCAGCCCACAAGAUUAUAUGUUUAGUAGCGCUGAGUAGAGUUUAGGCCAAAUUAUGUGACAUGGUGUGAUUGAGGGUGUGACUGGAAAAGUUUUGAUCAAGUCUUAAACUUUUAUUUAUGCAUUAUGUAUCUAAUCCUUUUGGUAGAUGUUUACUGAGGGUGACGCUGUUUUUUAUUUUUUAUUACAGAACAUUGUCUUACUAUUUUUCUCAUGAACAAAGAAGGAAAAAAAAAAAGCACCUUUUUGUUAGAUUUGUAUAAAAGAGAAAAGAAAAGCCAGGCAGUAUUGAUCAAAUCAUCAGUCGAUCGCAGUCCAUCGAUUUCAGAACCAUCAGACAGGGAAGUGUUUUGCCACAUGAACUGUUUCAAAACAAUAAAGACAAACAACAUGGAA